GCACGAACUUGUCAGCCAAAUCGUCCCACGAUGUGAUGGAUAGUGGGGGGCUGGUUCUCUAACCACCGCUUCACAUGCCCCACCAGAGAAUGGGGGAAAAGGUGGAGACGGAUUGCAUCAUCGGGUACACCAUUCAUCUUGAAUCCAUUUGUAAGCUGCAGGAACCGGGAAAGGUGCACCCUUGCAUCCUCAUCCUUCAAGCCAUGGAACUGGAUAGAAGAUGUAAUCAGUUGAAUCUAGCAUGGUUUGAUCUCAAAGUUGUUCGCUGGAAUGGGCGGAUAGAGGAUGACGGGACGGAUGUCGGGAACCCGUGGAGUGUAGUAAUACUCCAUGAUAGGACAUGGCAGCGGUGGUUGAUGCUGAACCCCAUAUGCCUGGGGAAACUGGGUUUUUCCCCAGGAUCUGAUUCACUGGGGAAACCUGGAGAGGCAUCCCAUGGGGUGGGUUUGGCGCACCGUCCAUCUCGUAUUCCUCCUCAGAAUCGCUGCUCAAGUGGUCGUCGAUGCGCACUUCCUUCGUAGCCAGUCUCGCUCGCUAUUGUCUCCUUAGUUGGCGAAAGAUGAGUUCUAGCCAUGGAUCUAACGGUAGUAAACCUCCCGACUGGCUACGAGUCAUGCACUACCUGCACACAGCCAAGCAAGCAAACCCUGGAAGGCAUAAGUGGGAAAAAGCAAACAGUCAAUGCAGAAAUGGAAAUGCUAAAGUAACAGAAAUCACGUUUCUUCAACAACAUAGCCGUCGGCGCCAAAAAAUUGACACACUUCUACCGUCACACUAGAAAGUGGCCAAGUGUAACCACCUACUAAUGCGUAGUAUAGCGGGUUUAGUUCUAAUUGUCAACCCGGGUCCUAGGUGUGAAGAAUACUCCGUGAAAGUCUUGUUAUCUAGUGGUUCAAGUGUAUUGAAGGUUUAAUUAAACUAGCAAGCAAAGUUGUGAAAGUUCUGUUCAAGUUGAGAGAGGUCACCUGGAUAUGGUUGCCCCUAGACUGCAGUCAAGCCGGGUUGUACUUUACCAAGUUCAAGUUCAAUGAUAGUUAUACUGCGGGAGGUUCUUAAAAAGUCUGCAGUCUCGACUAAAGGUCUCAAGACCCUCUCAAUCUGAGUCCCCAGCGGGCGACUAAGGUCCACCGGAGUAAACAGAAUGAGGCCCUAACAAACCAAACCUCCUCUACCGAAGUAAAUCCGGUAAAGAAUA